AUGUAUUACUCAGUCGCAUAUUCUACGUUUGCAAAUCUGCCACCAGAUGUAGAAGAUGAUGGUGUAUCAAGCAGCGAAACAACAUCAUAUAUUUCUUGGGAUAAUGUUGACACUCCCGAUGGAAAAGCAGUGACUAAACUUGCGGGAUGUGGCGCCAUGUCAACUGGGUGUUACAUGGGUGCUGCAUUGACUGGCAUAAAUUUAAAGAAUAGAUGGGCAGUGGAUACAAACGAACAUGUUUGUAGUGCUGUAGGGGAUAACCACCCAUGCACAAAGACAUAUGUUAGGGUGAUCCAACAAAGAAUGAUCAAGUACGCCUCUGGUUUAAGUGUUUCUCCUGAGUCUAUUAUAGAAUUUGUUGAGAGUGGAUAUAGGGAGGGUAUUUUGCCAUUACCUCAAUAUGUCGUUGCAUAUGACAAAACAGAAGAUAAGCACUUGAAGAAAGCUCUUGUCCUUCGAGAUGCAAUAUCCGAUUUACCGAAGAUGAAGGACUACUCAUUUGCUGAUGCUGCUCCCGUGGAAGGCAAACUGUUUGAUCAUCAGCCGCUAAAACUAAACAAAGAUGAUUAUGCAAGAGUGCGGCAGUUUCCUGUGAAAAAGGUGCCUGGCUAUGCCAUGAGUUUCAUGGAAAGGAAGUCAUCAAAACCAUUCAGGCGCGUAUGGUGGGACGAGAUUGUUCCAACUGUUGUCACCAGAGCCGAGCCUCACAACCACGUCAUCUUGCACUCGACGCAGGACCGGGUCCUGACCAUCCGCGAGAAUGCGAGGCUGCAAGGCUUCCCAGACUACUACAGGCUCUUUGGCACUAUAGAGCAGAAAUAUACUCAGGUCGGCAAUGCGGUUGCCGUCCCAGUCGCUCGAUCCCUCGGGCGUGCUUACAAGGGUGAAAUCGACGGAGACCGGCCCCUGUUCGAACUACCCGAGAGUUUCAGCCUUUUGGAUCAAGCGUCUGCCACAAGAUCGCCCGCAGGAGUAGGAAUUCUCAGCGGCGAAGUAGAAUGA